AUGGCUUCGUCGCUCAAGACCCUCGUCUUGCGCUACCCGUGCCCGGCCGCCGCCGUCGCCACGGGCCGCACCGCCAGCUUCCCCGGCGUCAACGUCCCAAAAGCUUCGUUCUCGACCGCCGCCCGCUCCGUGACGUGCCUCGCCCGAGUGCCCCUGCGCCAGCAAUGCUUCGCCCCUGCAGUUCCUCGGACCUUUGCCCGCGCCAACUCGGCCUUCGCUGCGCAGAAUAGCAGCGCACACAACGACGCUCCCCUCGAUUGGAACAGCUUCUUUAAGCUCCGUGUUAAGCGCCGCCGUGUCCAGCUUCUCUUCUCCUUCACCAGCGGCAUGCUUGGUGGUGGUUUUGGUGCCGUUGCCUUGUCCGCUGGCCUCGCCGAGCCAAUCGUCACUCAGAUUCCCCUCGACCCAAUUGUCACCCUCGGUCUCAUGACAUUCGCAUGCUCGGGCCUCGGAUGGUUGAUUGGACCUAGCAUUGGAAACCAGGCCUUCUACCUCACCCACCGCAAGUGGAAGAAGCAAAUGACCCAGAAGGAGGUCGAGUUCUUUACGCGCAUCAAGAAGCACCGUGUCAACCCCACUAACUCCAGUGCCAGCAACCCUGUCCCCGAUUACUACGGCGAAAAGAUCCAGAGUGUGACGGGAUACCGCCGUUGGCUAAAAGAUCAGAAGGCCUUCAACAAAAAGAAGUCUGCCGACUUUGUGUAA